AUGAUCUCAUCCUUCUUCUCAAGUUCCGACAGCAACAACAAGCAAGAUUCCAAUGAUUUCCAGCGUUUCCAAACCAAGGAUGAUGCAGCUUUUCACUUUAUGAACGAUCAACAACAACAACAACAACAACAGUAUACUCCCUCACCCCUUUCAGCUCAGAUCAUUCCGAUCAAAACACCCGAGUAUUAUGAAGACUAUGAAUUUGGAAUUGAAGAAAAGAAGAAGAAGAAGGACGAGCAUGAAGAUGAGCCUUUAACCAUGAUCGAGUUGUGGGCCUCGGAUGUACUCGAUUGUAGCUCCUAUUGGGAUGGUAGUGCUGGAGGUGGACAUGGAUUUUCUCAAUCAGUUUCGUAUGGACCUAGAAAUGUGAUUGGACCUAGCACGAUCUAUCCAAAUGCAGGCUCACAUGGAUCGGCAUGGUGUCCAAAUACAACAACCGGACCUGAGUUUAUCGUUCUCAAAUAUGAACAGGCCAUUCAAAUUCAAAAAGUUCAUGUUUAUGAAACGUCAUGUCCUGGAGCGACUUAUAAAAUUUCUGCUCGUAAUUUACACAAUGAUGAUGAAUGGAUUGUCUUGUACAGUGGAACUGCUACAGCUACUGGAGGUGGUGCCAGAGAUUUUUCACCAGAGUUGACCGUGAAGGAUGUAGUUUCAGAUACGAUUCGACUCGAUUUACACAUGCCAGGUCAAUGGACUGAAAUUGAUGCUGUUAAAAUUGUUGGACUUGGGCGUGCUUCAAAAAUCCCACCUCCUCCAGGUCCACAACUUUCUCCACUUUGCAUAAUGUAUAAGAAGCUUCUCAUGGAGGGCAUGUACACAGAUGUUAUUUUAUAUCAUCAAGAAUCGAGAAGAGAAAUUAGAGCUUUGAGAGCCAUUCUCGCUCAACGUUCUCCGUUUUUAAGGAAACUCAUUGAAUCUGCAACAGAAUCUCAUCAUAAUGUGAUCACAGUGAGUUCACCAUUCCCUUAUGCAGUCUUGCUUGGUGCUGUGGAUUUUAUUUAUUCAAAUCACGCUAAUUUAAAGCCAUGUCAUGUUGUGGAUACCUAUGUACUUUCUUCAGAAUGGAAUAUUCCAACACUUGCAGAAUUUUGUGUGAAAAUAUUCAAACAAAUUGUGAGCGUUCAUAAUGUGAUCAUGUUUUAUAGAGAAGCAAAACAACACAAUUGUACUUUAAUUCUUGAUGCAUGUUUCGACUUCAUUGUGAAGAAUUACAAGACAGUAUUUUUACAACCUGAUCUUCACACUCUUUCCAAACAAGAUUUAGUGACGAUUUGUAGAAAACUUGCAAGCGAUAAUAAUAAUUAA